AUGGCUUCCACCGCAGCUGUUGAAAUCAUCGCCGGCAACGAGGAACUGGCGGUGGAGAUCCUUCAAUAUCUGCCGGCAAAAUCCCUCAUUCGGUUCAAGUCAGUCUCUAAAGCAUGGCUCUCUUUCAUCUCCACUCCUCGCUUCUCUCUCCUCUGGCAAUCCCAUCAUCAUCCCAAAGUCUCCGGCCUUUUCUUCAACCCUAGAUACCGAACUGAAACCAUCAAAUACAUUCCUCUCACUCACUCCGACGACUUGAGGAAUCAAUGUGAUAUUGCAACCGUUAUUAAUGGUGGAGGAGAAAACAAUUCACCACCUCUCUUUAUGUAUGCUAGAAUCAUAGACUCCCGUAAUGGUUUUCUACUCGUCUUUUUUAAUAAGAAGCAGAGUUGUAGUUCCGGUUGGAGUCGGUCGUACCACGUUUAUAAUCCUACUACCAAGCAAUUCUCUACUCUUCCGUGGCCUUUUCCGGUCACUUUCACUGGCCUUGGUGACAUUAAUCCAUAUUUGGUUUUCGAUCCGUUAAAAUCACUUCACUACAAAGUUGUUUUGGUUCAGGCUUCCGAGCAUGGUAAUCCCUACUUGUAUCAAAUACAUAUUUAUUCGUCGGGAACCAAUGACUGGCGGACAUCACCACUUGGUGAUUCUCAUCCUUCCCCGAAAUCAUUAAAUAAAUCAUUAAAUAGUGUGGAAUUGAAUGAAGGAGUCUAUUGCAAUGGUUCCAUCCACUGGAUUUCUUACCGCGCAUACAACACUUCCUUAUACUUCGAUGUCGAUCAAGAAAGAUUUUGCCCAAUGCCAACUCCACCAUAUAACUACACUGCAGGUUGUGACCUUUUUGGGGAGUCCGGAGGUCAUUUGCAUUAUUUUAAAUAUUAUGAUGAUAUGGGAUUCAAUGUCGACAUUUGGGAGAUGGUAAGUGAUUACUCCAAGUGGACAACCAAGUAUCGAGUUUGCCUUAACACGACGACGAUGGUUGUUGAUCUUGCAAUAAAGGAUACAGCAGUAGAGGAAACAACGCUUAGUUUGAUCGGUGGUGAAGAUGAAGGGGAUGCGGUUUUGGUACUUGUUGUACGCACCGAGAUGAAUUAUAUGAUCAUCUCCUACAACAUUAAGGAGAACACCCUUAGGAAGCUUGGUGAUGUACCACGCCGUCCUGUUAGGUCUUGGUAUGAUGGCCCUGCUUCGUCUUCGUGGCGUACACACCCUCGUGUCCAUAGUUACAUUGAGACACUCUUUCCUGUUUGA